AAGACGAACCAGAGAGCAUUGACCUGCUGAGUGGAUUAAAGAUGGGGGAGCAAGGUGGUUGGCUGGAGGCUAACAGAGGAGACUGGGCAUCCAUCUUGGAUUCCCAGACCGGUGCAGCCACUGAGCAGGCAAGGACCAGAGGUGACAUAGUGGAGUCCUGUGGAUGGGACAGUGUCCUUAACUCUGGGCUGGGGAACAACGCUGUUAACCACAACCAGAAACAGACUGUCGAACACAAAACAACAACCAAACUUAGUAUCCAUGACAACAGACUGGCUGAGACCGGGGCGAGGCGUAGAUUUGGUCUGCGGGGACGAGGAGGUGUACAUAUGCAGCAGGAGGGAACAGAUACAGACUCGGCUAGCGACGCUCCGUCCUGCUCCUAUAGUUGUGAUUCAGAGAGACUGAUGGCGCCUCAGGUUAACUCCCUAACAGAUGCUGCCUUCAGCCUGCCUUCUAUAGGAUCUAUCAACUGGAACAUGGACCCUGCGACAACACAGACACUCCCUGGUCUUCAUCCUCCUCACACUCUCCUAAUGUUAAACCAGACCUCAGACAAUGCCAGUGCCUCAACACUAAAUGGCUACACAAGCCCAUUGGCAAAUAACAGUAGUAGUGACGCUAUCAGUAGAUCCGGUGGCAAAGAGAAGCGCUUUCUGUGUCCAUUCUGUGGGAAGGCCUUCAGUUUCCCAAAACAGGUGGAGAUCCACCAGAGGAUGCACACGGGGGAGAAACCGUUCAGCUGCCACCUGUGCCUGGCCAGUUUCUCCGACUCGUCCAACCUGAAGAGGCACCAGAGAGUUCACACAGGGGAGAAACCCUUCACCUGCCCCCAGUGUGAGAAGAAGUUUUCCCACCAGCACCAUCUGAAGAAGCACCUGAAGGUUCACACGGGAGAAAGGCUGUAGGCACUGCGAGAAGAGGUUCUCAGAGAGGAGCUACCUCAGGAUACACCAGAAGAAAAACCAUUCCACUCAAUAACAUCGAAAGAAGCCAUUCCACUCGAUAGCUUCUGACAUUUCAAUCAAACCCUGCAUUAAAGCUAGAUUCAGCUAGAUGAUGUACAUGCACAAAGUAAACAACAGUAGUGGGUCAAUUUGCGCGACAACUAAGCGUGAGGCUUAACUUCUCUGCGGUUUUGGUACCACAGCUACCAUGUUGUAGCAACGUGAAGCGAACCCGUGUGCAUGCACAGAUACAGCUCCACUGCUGGAUGAGGUGAACUGAGGAAAGAAUGUGUAUGAUGAGGCAGAGUAGUGAUGUUGAACCUUUUACAGAGUAUUCUAAAAUGUAUUUUUUAUCAACAUAGUGAGAAGUUAUUAUACUUGUCACAGAUUGUUUUUGAAAGUAGGGGAGAGUGGGGUAAGUUGAGCCUUUUCAUACAUUCAGGGAGCUUGCAAUUGGCAUGCUGACUGCAGGAAUGUCCACCAGAGCUGUUGCCAGAGAAUUUAAUGUUCAUUUCCUGCCUCUUACGUUGUUUUUGUGAAAUUGGCAGUUUGUCCAACUGGCCUUGCAACUGCAGGCCACGUAUAUAGCAUCCUGUGGGCAAGCGGUUUCUGAUGUCAGUGUUAUGAACAGAGUGCCCCAUGGUGGCGGUGGGGUUAUUGUAUGGGCAGACAUAAGCUACGGACAACAAACACAAUUGCAUUUUUAUUGUUGGUAAUUUGAAUA